UACACCAACUCAGAUCUGCAGUGCGCGAAGAACACUAAGAAACCAGCCUCAGCCUUCCUUCCCUCCCUACAGGCGCCAGUGCGGCCCGCAUACUAGGACGCCGUGCGUGCGCGCUCCUGAGUAGAGGCGGCGAGAACGCUAGUGAUGACGUCACGAAAAACAGGCGCGUCAAGCAAAAAGUCUGACAUGGCGGGAGGCGGGAAAAGAGCACCGCAAGCCGAGCAACAGAAUAGCGGUACAGUGACAGAGGAUGUUAAGAAGAGACGCUCUGAUCCGUCAGAUGUCCCGGCCGGCCUGCGGCAGGAGGUGGAGUCCGUGUACAGGCUUACUAUGCCAGACGACUUCUAUAGAUUCUGGACAUUUUGUGCAGAAAUCAAUCGAGAUGAACCGUGCGAUGCCCUGAAAUCCAGCCUUGGCCUCCAGCUUGUUGGCCCAUAUGAUAUUAUUUCUGGCAAACACAAAGUGACCAAGAAAUCAUCAGAUAUUAAUUACAAUCUGCACUGGAGGUUCUUCUAUGACCCCCCUGAAUUCCAGACCAUCAUUGUGGGGGACAGCAAGACACAAUAUCACAUUGGCUACUACAGAGACUCUCCAGAAGAAUUGCCUGUAUUCCUGGGCUCGAAUGAUGCUGUUAAAGGAUAUCUCAUUACUCCAGCUGGGGAUAAUGUAUUUUCUGCUGUCAAACAGUUUGCAGUAAAGAAGCUGAAGGACAUUUCUGACAAAAAGACAGUGAACGUUGUGAAAGACUUGGUGGAGAAGCUAACGGCAGCAGCAGACAAUCUUGGGUACUCGCUGGAACAGAAAACAGCGUCCAUGAAACGCAGAUACAAGAAAGUGGUGACAAGGUCAUUCCAUGGUGCAGGCUUGGUUGUCCCUGUAGAUAAGAAGAAUAAUGUAGGAUACAGAGAACUGCCUGAAACAGAUGGAAACCUAAAGAAGAUUUGUAAAGCCAUAGUGGAAGCUUCAGAUGAUGAGAAGCGAAUGAAAGCUUUUGCUCCCAUUCAGGAAAUGAUCACUUUUGUCCAGUUUGCAAAUGAUGAGUGCGAUUACGGUAUGGGAUAUGAGCUGGGAAUUGACCUGUUUUGUUAUGGAUCACAUUACUUCCACAAAGUUACGGGCCAACUUCUGCCCCUCGCAUACAAGCUUCUGAAACGGGAUUUAUUUGCAGAAAUAAUUGAAUCUCACCUGGCAAACCGAUCCAGAGAGAAUGUCAGCCAGCUAGUCACAUAAUCCAGACCAAGGGCACAGUUUAAUAGGUUGCAUAUUUGUUAUCUUACUGUUCUCAUGCAUUAUGCUAUAAAGAUAGUUUUGUAAUAAAUGGUUGUCUUGCGUCUGCAA